ACACAGUGAUGUAGCUUUGAGAAAAUAAUUAGUAUUCACAAAAUGUGCUGACAGUUUGUGUACAUGAAGUGGUAGAAAAAGACACAAUAGGGCUCACCCAAACUCUUAGUAGUAAUGAGAAGACUCAGAAAUGAUCAUCUUUGGUACUUUGCUGUUCAUUCAAAUAAAAAUAUAACCCAAAUAGAACACAAAGUUAGGUAAAUAAAUCAACUGAAGACUUCAGUAAGUCUGAAACAGAUACUUGACCAUAACGAAAGGAGCAGGUUGUAGCUGUUUUCAUAUCCAGCAGUAAUGUGGAUUUAAAAUAAGAAAUGCAUAUAGGAACUGAACUAUUUUAAAGAUGACACACUACACAGACAUUACCACACAACAGUCUGUACAGAUGUUAAAAGUGGUAACUAUGUACAAGAAUGGACUUGCUCAAAACAACACGUAUUAUUCUAUAGUUGGUCAUUUCACACAUACCUAUUGCAUUCUCUGUUGUACUCUUAAAUGACAUAUAGUGAAAGAAAGUAAACAAUUAAAACAGACAGAAAUGUAGUGAGUCCUGUUACAGUCCUCUGCUGCUAUAAGAAUGUACAGUUAAUCCACAUGAUAGGUAGCAACUUGAAGUGCAACCUAUUCUGCUGCAGAAGGCUGUAAGUUAAGAGCAUAACCAUAUGGAUAACAAAUAUUUUUGGAAACUGUUCAGUUACAGUAUGAAGGCCUAUCAAAAAGUAAUAACAAACACAAUAUGAGAUCUCACAAACUUUGGAAUGUAUUCCCUUCAAAGUAGUCUCCACACAACAGAAUAGCUCAAUCCCAGUGUUCUUGCUUUGUUAGAGCAUGCCUACAAUUCAUUUUUUUGGAAUGGCUCUCAGUUUAUUGUCACAUUUUCACUAAUGCCCUUGUUGUAAAACGUUCUCCUUUUAAAUUCAGUUUUCAGUUUAGGAAAAGUAUGAAUGUAUCACAAGGGGCCAAAUUAGGGGAGUAGGUAUAUUGCGAUAUCAAUUGUCAAUGAAUAUACGUCGUUUCAUAUGUGCUUCAGAGCCCACUAAUUCCCAGAAAAUAAUCGCAGACAGCAGUACUAUUUCAGAAAGCUGUCAAAUCCUUAGGAGUAAGUAGAAUGUAAAAUGCUAUGUGCAGGUCUACGAUGAGAGUACGACCACAACAUCCGUUUACAUCAGUAUUAUAAUUUCAGGUGGUUCACUAUCCUCAUGUCCACCGUCAAUAAUAUGAACAGAAGAGGAUUCAGUGGAUCAUUAUAGUGUGCCAUCAUUUGCAACAUAUUGUCACUUAAAGGUUAAGGAUCAACCCAUCCCUUACACCAGUGAACUCAUAGUUAUGGUCCAUGAUAUCCCUAAUGAGGGUUUUUUAUUUAGAAAAUUGCCAUUUCCCAUCGCUGAGUCUAGAGCCUGUAAUAGUUUUCUCGUGUUUAAGCUGUCAAAAGGGUUUGCAUAACGAUAAAUAGCGUUGUUCGUUCUGAAUUACGUUGUGUAUUUUAGCAACACCACAUGAUGAUAAUAUUAUGAAAUUCAAUGCUUAUGAAACGUUUUAUGAAUUCCGUAUAUUGUUAGUUUGAGUCUUAUUAAUUUCGGAACUCCUUUGCUCACGACCUAUUAAUUCAUCCUGAUAGCUUCAGCUAGCAAGGUAAAUCUCAUUCCAUGUAUUAGUUUCAAUGGUUCAAAGUCGCUUACAAUGCUUCCGGUUACGGUUUAGCUCCUGGUGUUUGCUUCCAUAGGGUGAUACAGAUUGGUCAAAUCUGUGGUGUUGAACGGUGUCAAAUGGGAAAGUAUUCGAAGACUGUUGGUCGUGAUUUUACAAAACAAAUGGAAAGGCAAACGGAAUAAUAAUGGUAACAUUAGCAUUUCUCGCCUAGAAAAGAAAAGAUACCGCCAGAAUAUACAUUUUGGACAACUCUUCGACACUGAAGAUAGAGAAAAGUUCAUAUGUGUUUAUACACUAAGGAAAACUUGCCAAAUGAAUCAAUACCCAGAAACAUAACUGAACAAUAUAAGUCUGAUGUAUGAAAAUCUUAACUGGAAUACAGUGUUGAAGAUGUUAUUACAGUGGGAUGAAUCUAAACAGUGUAAUGAAACUAAUCCCCAGUUAGGGUUAGAUGAAGCAUGUCUGAAAGUGAUAUCAUCAUCGCCUCAUUCUCUCACUCUCUGGACCCAGUCAGAAGAAUGUGAUAAGUGUGAUUUUAUUGAAGCUGCCAGGUUACCUGCAAAUGGCAGUGUGUCAGUGCUGUUGAAGACAACGUUUCCUAUAGAUUUGUAUGUUGAAAAUAACCAUUCAGAAUAUUGCUAUGAGGGAUAUAAGUUUGAAGAACACGGAAUAUAUGGCUGGAACAUCACAGGAGACAGUUGCUAUGGAAUAUACACAAUUCAAAGCCCUGAUAAACCUUAUAUACCAAUUGUGGUUGCUUUCUUCAUCUAUUUGGCAGCUUUCUUGUUGUUCAACAUUGGCCGAUGUAUAUAUUCAUCUGAAUGGGUAGCACAAAUAAGAGCACGAAAUGUGCCAUUUUCAGAGUUGGAGAGUGAUUUGGGAACUCCUAGUCCAACAGAUGUCCCAUCAUUAAUAUCCGAGGCUGUUACUGUUAUAAGGUCGAAAGGUCGCGUGAAGUCAUUGGAUGUAUUUCGAGGGAUCUCAAUUUCAAUAAUGAUAUUUGUCAACUAUGGAGGAGGUCAGUACUGGUUUUUCAAACACUCUCCAUGGAAUGGUCUGACAGUUGCUGAUUUGGUUUUCCCAUGGUUCCUCUGGAUCAUGGGUGCAAGCAUGGCCAUCUCCCUUCGUUCACACUUACGCAGAUCGCUGUCACGGAAACGUCUGUUCUUGAGAGUAUUGACGAGAUCCAUCACACUUGUGGCACUGGGUGUGAUACUCAACUCUAGUGGGAACAAGAAAAACGGCAUCACAAAUUUGAGACUGCCUGGUGUACUGCAACGUAUAGGACUUGCAUAUUUUGUUGUUGCAUUCAUCGAAACUGUGUUCAUGAAACCUCAAGGUUCCUUCCAGUAUGGUCGUUGGUUGGUGAUCCAAGACUUACUGGAUAGUUGGGUGCAGUGGCUUGUAGUACUUGCUCUCACUGCAACACACACUGUGCUGACAUUUUUAAUGCCUGUUCCUGACUGUCCCGUGGGAUAUCUGGGACCUGGUGGGCUUCAUAACCAUAGCUCCAGUCCGAAUUGUACUGGUGGAGCUGCUGGGUACCUUGAUCGAUUAGUAUUUGGAGAAAAUCAUAUCUACCAGCAUCCUACUUGCAAGUCUGUAUAUGAGACUGUGACACCAUAUGAUCCAGAAGGUCUUCUGGGAACUCUGACUUCAAUUCUCAUUGUGUACUUGGGUGUUCAAGCUGGAAGAAUUAUACUGUGCUACCACUACACAUUUUCACGCAUUGCCAGAUGGACUGUAUGGGCCAUGAUUACGGGCCUAAUUGCUGGAAUAUUGUGCAACUUCUCAAAGAAUGAUGGAAUCAUUCCAGUGAAUAAGAACUUGUGGUCCCUCUCGUUUGUUUUGGCUCUUGCAAGCAUGGCUUUUCUACUUCAGAGUGUUCUGUAUGUAGUUGUGGAUGCUAAAGGCUGGUGGUCUGGCAGUCCAUUGUAUUAUGCAGGUAUGAAUUCCAUUGUGUUGUACAUUGGACAUGAAGUUACAAAACAAAUGUUUCCCUGGAGCUGGCUACCAUAUUACCAUUCUCAUGAAGAGUACCUUGCCAUGAAUUUAUGGGGAACAACAUUAUGGAUGCUGAUUGCUUUUUAUCUCUAUAAAAGGAAUGUGUUUAUAACACUGUGAAUUGCAUGGUAAUGUAAGUGCAAGAAGUAUUUUACUUGCUGCACAUAAAGUUGUUCAGGAAUUAAUAUUCUUUGACACUGAGGUUAGUUAUUAACAUACAGACUGAUAUACAUAUAUUUGCUAUGUGUACUAUAUAGUUUUGUAAAGAAAAACUCCUUUAUUUUUUUUUUAUAUGUGGUACAAUAUUUUUAAGUACUUUACUUCCCAGGUGUUUGGGGUAUGAAUAGGUAUAUGUGAUUUACACUGAGUAGUUGGUGAUGAGUGUUAUAUGAUAUAUUGCUGUAGUACCAAACUUGCAAUUACUUAAUUAUUACAAAUAGUAUAUAUUAAUUUUAUUUAUGAAACUAAUACUGUGCUUCAGACACCCUUUCAUUGCUUAGAUUAAACUGGAAACUCUCAGGUAAUUGUGACAUGAUAUACCAAGGACAGAAUUGAAAUACAUAUCUAAACAUUUCAUAUCUUCCAGUAUUACAGUGGUUAUCCAGAAUUUUAAAAAUUGGGUGACAAAGAGUAUUUUUAAAAUUCUGAGCAGAGAACUGUGUGUGUGCAUGUAGAGAAAUUAUAAAGCUUCAGAGAAGAGAAAGGUCAUCAAUGUUAUCAUUAACAAUGUAUAAAUAAACUUAUGGAUGUGA